AUGGAUAAAACAAGCCCAGAACUGCUCAGAGAAGCUGCGAAUUUAAUUGAAGAAGCCCUCAGAAGAACGCCUUCGGCUCCGGUGGCUCCCGCAGCUCAGACGCCUCCGGCAGCGCCAACACAGCAUCCACAGCGGACCCCAGCUCCUCCUCAAUCUCGUACACCUGUCGAAGGUAAGCUAAGUAAUUUCACCAGCCAGAUGUUCUACUAAUCAAUGGCUCGAGACACAGGUGUGUGGUCAACUGGAUAACAGUUCGCGAGUUGAAUCAAAGAUUUUGUGGUGUUAUUUUGUGUUGCAGCCGAGGUAGCAAGGCUCUUUGCUCCUUAUAAUAGUGUCUCCAGAAGAGUAAUGAGACGACGACCAGCACCGAACCAGAACAACAGAACAAACUACACACACACAGUCUUUUGUCUGGCUGACAGCAAGGCGGAUAAAGUGCCAAGUAUGCCACUGAAAGCAGACCUUCAGAGUGCAGGACUUGGCGAGGCAAGGGUGACAUUUUCAGGUUUGUGGGAAAUUAAGAAUUUACCAAAACAACAACAACAACAACAACAAAAAACCUUAUUGUCUGUGGCUCACUACAUUUAUUUGCAGGUUUUUGUAAUGCUAAUAACUAUGGUUGUAACUUCUUUAUUUUCCCCAGGGGAUGAUGAUGAUCCCAAAGUUAUAACAAAUAAAUUGAUGGAAGUAUUUCCAAAGCUCCAAGAACGGGGAGGCUUUGAACUUCUCAGAAUUGUGGGAUCUACUCGCAGCCGAAACCUUGGGUUAGUUCAGUGUCCCAGCACUGGAUACACCCUUGCAUAUCUAAAAGAUCCAUCAACAAUGAUUGGACAGGCUACAAUCUACAUACGUCCACUUCAACAGGAUCUACCCUUAAAUUGUGUACGUAAAUAAGCAGACACUCAACUUAAUCAAAAUGAAGCUUACUGAUAAUUUUUUAUCAUUAAAAAGCCAUUUGCUUUAUUUAGGAGAGCUCCAGUCCCGGUCCAAUCAUCCCCUGCAUCACAUGUCUAAGGGAAGUUUCCUUUUCUGAGAUGAGGGAACACAGAUUGAGCUGCAUUGGGCAAGUGCUUCCUAAGGAAAUGCAAGUCUCUCUUAGAGUGUUGUGACACAUAUAGGUGAGUAUGAUGAUCAUUUUAAUUUUGUUAACUUCAAGGAGACACAUGCAGGAAUCAGAAAGCGAACAAGGUCAAAGUGAGGACACUGGUAGAGGGACAGUCCCUGUCAAUGACAGUGCUCCAGUGACACCUGAAACAGCAUCUCAGAGUUCAGCAGUACCAACAGUGAUUGACAACAAGGCGUUGGAGCACACAGAAACGGACAGUGGCAUGUGUCAUCACAAUAGGUUUGCUGUAAGAUUGUCUGCAAGUGAAACUCAGUCAUUAUUAAAAUAACACCUGUAAUAAUAAUAUAUGAUAAAUAAAUAAUAUAUGAUGAAUAUAUUGUAAAUAAUAACAUGAUAAAUAAUAUAUAUGAUAAAUUAUUAAUACUAUAUGAUAGAAUAUAAAUAAAUAAUCACAUGCAACUGGAUGAUGGACUCUAAAUGUUAAAAUGUUUAGUAUCUGUUUAGAAUGGUCUUUUGCUGUUUUUAUGUCACUUCAGCUUUGUGACAGAUUCCGAAGAUGUUGGGGGUCGCAUGGUCAGUGAAAUGGACAGAACUUUCCUCCCUUUUUAUAGCCUGAAGGAGAAUAUUGUUUUGACAGGUAACAUGCCAGCUCACAACAUUUCUGUGGAAGAGAUAAUGUUUUCCUUUUUAUUGUUUGUUUAGAAUGGAAGCUGAUUAAAGAACCAGCUCAAGCUUCCAAAGUUUUUAAAGAGAAUUUACUUUGGGAACAUGCAUCUGGGAAACCACUUAAAAUGAGAAUGGAUGUAAGGGACUCUGAAAAAGAAAGGGAACGGGAACUUCUCUCCUUCUAUAAAUGGCAGCAAGAAUGGGCAUGCCCACUUCAUUGUACCCUUGUUGGUAAGGAAUAUAAAUGUAUCAGAAAGGUUUAUACCACUCAGGUGUAUUAUAUGAAAUUGUAAAUGGAAAGUGAGAUUGAAAAAAAUGAUAUAUUUGACAAAAAAAUCUUCCAUGCACAAUAUUCUUUAGGAUACUGUUGUAGAAUGGCAGCAAUAGAAUAUUGACUAUUUUUUUCCUUGCUUGAAUUUUACCUAAUCGAGUCUGCAUUAGUCAGCCAUGAUUUUCCCAGUGUUAUUAUCAGUGUUUUAUGUCAGGUGAUGUUGCUGUCGGAGAGGGAGUGAUGCGGUACUUUAUGACAACAGUAAUAUCCAAACUCCAGUUUGGGUUCAGUCUAGAUCUUGGUAAGUCCCUUAAAAUUUUGAAGGUAAAUUUAAAAAAUGUUUCAGAUGGUUAAUUGUUUUGCCUUUACCACCCUUGGUACAUACAGGAGGAAUGGGCCGAACACUGCUAUUUGAGGGUGAACCUGAUCAUCUUGUUCCAGCGGCAUCAGAGGUGCUUAUUGAAAGCAACCUCUUCCAGGUGGCAGGAAGGAUGCUGGCCCACAGUUUUCUACAUGACGGCCCCCAUGUUGCAGGUUUAAGUCCUGCUGUCAUUCAUGUACUGUGCAAUGGGGAUCCUGAAACGGCAACUGUUGUUACAGAAGACUGCCCUGAUCUGCAUAUCAGGAGCAUCAUAAAACUGGUAUGUAACACAAAAACCAUUCUCUUGCAAAAAAUAUUUGGGCAAAUGUAGUAACCUGUAUGGUCUUCAUUCAAGCUUGAACAUGAAGAACUUACACCAGAACAGAGGGAGACAGUUUCAGAUCUUGCAUUAUCUUGGGAUCUCCCGGCAGUCACCAAAACAAAUUGGAGAUGGCUACAUAACAAACUUCUCCUCCAUGCAGUGAGUACCUGCUGGUUAACUUAACUGGCACAAUUCAUCGCUAAUGCUGGCAGGGAUAAAAUGGUAAGGUUUUAGUUGUGUAAUUCAUGCUUUGGCCAUUGCCAUGUUUAAGUUUUUCACAACCACCAUUUAAUACAAAGCUUAUGUAAGUAGAAUGGUAUUUAUAGUUUAACCACAGCAUUUCUCACGCCUGUUGAGAGUUGAAAUUUAGGUUGAGGAUUUCAGCUGUAAUAUUUGUUGGGUCUCUCUCUUUAGGUCAUUGGGAGAACCAUGCGCCAGAUUAAACAGUUGAGAAAGGGGCUGAAAGAUGUGAUGGUAUGGCCACUUCUGACAUCUAGACCAGAUGUAGUCCCACUUCUUUUCCCCAAAAUGGCUGAUUUGCAGUUCACACCUCAGGUAAGGCAGGAUUUCAGUUUUUUUUUAACUUCACUGUAUGAAUUUGUGUAUUUUCAAUGACUGAGCUGUUAUAUUUUUCCAAUUACCAAGAAUGUGAUCUGAAUAUUCCUUUAACAAAGUAAGUUCAACUAUGCCAAGUUAUUUUCUUUUUUUUGUUUCUUAAGAUGCUCCUGCAAAAAAUCACAUGGCCAGUUGAGGACAGUGAUGAUGAGGACUUUGACGUAGAGUCUACAUGCCGCAUCACUGGCUUUCUGAGGAUGUUCAUUGAAACAGGUAUGAAACCGUUUAUUUUGCUAAUGUUCUUGUAUUGCUCUCUUUAUAAAUGUUUCAUGGAUAGAGAUGACCAAUUGGAGUCAAACCAAGUGUUGUCUUCGAUCUGUUUUAUGACUUUUAGCCUCAUCAGGUAUACUGGUCCAGCUGCUGAAAUUCUGGGUUGGCUGGGAGAUGCUUCCUCCUGAGCUCAGAGUGGAGAUCUCUGGAGGAAGUCUUCCUACGUCCUCUAGAUGCUUCGAAACACUGAAGCUGCCAGCUCAUUUCAAAACCUACGAGGAGUUUGAGGAAGCACUUUUCACAGCCAUAAAUAGUGCACAGAGUGGAUUUGGACUUGUGUAA